GCAUUCUCCGCGUGCUGGUCGGCGGCCUGGCGGCCAGCCUCGGCGGGCGCGCGGGCGUGUCGGCCGCGGCGCCCAAGGAUCCCAAGAGCGGCUCCUCGUGCUUCGAGGAGGGUAGGGCGUACGCGGACGAGAACGUGACCGUGUCCGCUCCCAACGGAGCCCACGUGAGGAGCGCGGAGGCAUGCCAGGAGGAGUGCGCCGCCGUGCCCGCGUGCGGCUUCUUCACGUUCUACGCAGGCCACGGGCACAAGCAGGGCGCGUGCUGGCUGCUCGGCCGCGGCUCCGCGGCGCGGCCGGACGCCGCGGCCCUCUCCGGGCCCCGGGACUGCGCGGCCCCGGCGGCAGGGUGGGUCGAGUCCCUCACGGGCACCGUCGGCGGCACGCUCGGCGCUGCCACGGGGGCUGCGGCUGCCAGCCACGGCGCGACCAGCGGACUCGCGUGGUGGGCGUGGUGCUCCAUCGCCCUCGUGGUCGCCGCGGCGGGCGUGGGCACCGCGAGCGCACUGGGCUAUGCCCCGCAGGCCCUCCUGGUGCCUCUCGUGGGCAAGAGCCGCGGUGCGAAGAUAGGCCCGGACGAGGACGACGAGGAGGACGACGACGAGCUGGCUGCCGCGGGGGCCGCCGCGCCGGCAGCGGCCGCGGCCCCGACGCACUCGGUGCCGCUGCCGACCUACAGCACGGCCUCAUACUCGGCCCUGCCGACGGCCGCACCGCCGCUGCCGAUGGCGCAGGUGACGCCGCGAGGGUCCACCCAGGCCAGGCCGUCGGCGGUGCCGCGGGAGAGCUUCCAGGCGGGAGCGGCGCGCCCGCACGCGCCAGGGGGCCUGCUGGGCGGGCAGUCCUUCGCCGCCCAGCCGAUGAUGGGGGGCUUCGCCGGGGCCCCGAGCCCGCAGAGCUUCGCCGGGGCGCCGAGCCCGCAGAGCUUCGCCGGAGUGCCGCACCCGCAGAGCUUCGCCGGGCCGCCGCAGCAGCAGAGCUUCUCAAUGAACCACUGA